CGGUAUUCGGAAAAGACCUUACUUUCGAGGCUGUGGUCGCUCCGAGAAGUUGUGAUCGAUCGGGAAUAUCUUCAGACUGACAAAGUCAAGAUUGCGAGCUGGCCGCCAACGCCAGGUUAUGAGGGUGACGAGCAAGUAUAGAGUUGAAUCUCUAUAGCCCAGAGGACGUCUAUGAUACGGAAUAACUUACCUUGACCUAGAAGAAGGUCCUGCUAUUAAGUGUCCUGCAGCAAGCGGACGGGCUGGGGUGCUGUCAUGCGCGAGGCCAGUGUUCUCACCACGUCCAAGUCCCCACAAUGCUCAAUCGAUACUGAGCUCGUCUCAUCGCAAUCGACAUCAGUUGGACGAAACCUGCAAGCAGAAAGGGAUGUUACCUGGCGGCACCGCAGUUGCAGUUUACAAGGACGUGCCUGCGGGUGCUGAUCUGGCAGACCACACGGAAAGGAACCAUGAUCCAGCUAUACAUCCUUGGCACCUCUGCAAUAAAAGUUGACGAGAGUCGGUCUUGCAGAUGAAGAGGAAGGGGAAAGAUCAAUCAAAAACACCACCACUACUACCAGGAAGACAAAAUAGAGUGCUUCGGAAGAAGCGGGUGUGCCUCAGCGUCAGUAAAGCGGCGGGAGAGUAGCCUCAAAUCAAGAAAGGGCGGCAGGAUUUUGGAGACCAUGUUCAUCUGCUGGAAUCAUCUGCCGGACUUGGACUGAUUGACCAGGCGAGAUCUGAGCGAUAUCUACAGCUGUACAAUAUGUACCUACUAGUCCUAGUAAGCGACGCUUUGCAUGCUCCGAGAUUGUCGGUCCGGAGUAGCCGCGGAGCAGCCCAUGCGGUCGGAGACUUGAAGUUGGACAACAAACAGAUCGUCACUGCAAUCCAAUGCUGAAAGCCGGACAUUCAAUGGAAUUUAUAUAUACUAUAUUAAGCCCCAUGCGCUUCUGAAGCAGAUGGCUUCGAGUUCAAGCUGCAAGCGGACGAGAGGUGCACUUCCGAUACUACGGACCGAAAGUUAACAGUCCUUUCAUCGCUAGCGGAGCCUGAUGCGUACCUAUGCUGCCCUACGGACGGCCAAAACACAAGUGUCUCGAGUCCGUCGUCCACCGCGGGCCACAACUUGAACGCCCAGCAACUGGAGGUUGGGGGAAGGGCCUAUGGUGGCUAUGCCGGGCCCCUCUUCUCCUGUCCUCUCCACCAAGACCGAUGGAACUAGGGCCCGAGACAGCGCAAAGAGGCAAAGAGACACCGCACAUUUUUAUGUCGUCGGUCUUGGUUCCGUUUCCGCUGACACCACUUUCCGCUCUAGCUUGGGAACCAACAUCAUCACUACUGAAAAAGGGGUCCCCCAAGUUCACCGCGAAGUGAAAAUGCUGUGGCUGUUAGGCUUACACUUCUUGAGGGCUUGGGCUUAGGCUUCGGCCCCCGAGCUGUCUUAGCGAGCGAGUUAGCGACCCGAGCGACUCGAUUCAUCCACCCGUUGGGGGCAGCCAGCCCCAAAAGGGCCAGUGUGAUAAGCGGGCAAUAUUAUGACCGUGUACUACUCUCCUAGGCCGAGGGGGCUCACCCCUUCCCCUGGACGCCUCUUCCCCCUAGCGUCUUACCGUGAUCUUUAGCUUGCGGCUGAUGCGUAUCAAAAAAUAGAAAUGGACACCAAAUCAAAAAGCCUGUGGCCCGCCUCCCCUCCCCUCCAAUCCACUUGCGCUCCAACCCAAUCCAAUGCCAUUUCAUCAAUAAAGCAAUAAUAUCAAACACAAGACCGCACCUAUUUUCUUUCUUCGCAGCCGGUCCUAUCCUCGAUCUACUAUACCAUCUACUACAGCUAUUUAUUUCCCCUGACACUUUGGGAAUCGAUUCCUCUGCAAAGGCAUACAUAUAUCCUCUAUACUCUCCCUCCGGACACCAACUCCCACACAUCCCAACAAAAACACAAUGUCUGCCACGAGAGUCGCCAAUGGCACCGGCGCUGUGCCCAGCUACCUGCUCACCGGCAAGGUCGCUAUUGUGACUGGAUCCGGACGAGGAAUGGGCCGCGAAACCGCCCUCGAACUCGCCCGCCGCGGCGCCGACGUGGUCGUCAACUACGCCAACAGCUCCAAAGCCGCGGACGAGCUCGUAACCGAAAUCAAAGCCCUGGGCCGCGACUCGAUCGCCGUCAAGGCCAACGUGUCGAACGUAUCGGAGAUCAUCGAGCUGUUCGCCCAGGCCAAGAAACACUUCGGCAAGAUUGACAUUGUGGUGUCCAAUUCUGGCGUUGUAUCAUUCGGCCACUUGAAGGACGUGACCGAGGAGGAAUACGACCGAGUAUUCAACAUCAACACCCGGGGACAAUUCUUUGUCGCGCGCGAGGCCUACAAGAACCUAGAAGUGGGCGGCCGCAUCAUCCUGAUGGGCUCGAUCACGGGUCAGGCCAAGGGCGUGCCUAAACACACCGUCUACUCGGGCUCCAAGGGCACGAUCGAGACGUUCGUCCGCUGCAUGGCCAUCGACUGCGGUGACAAGAAAAUCACCGUCAACGCCGUCGCCCCCGGCGGUAUCAAGACGGACAUGUACCAUGCCGUCUGCCGCGAGUAUAUCCCCAACGGGGCCAACUUGACUGACGACCAGGUCGACGAGUAUGCCGCCACCUGGUCCCCGCUGCACCGUGUCGGCCAGCCCAUCGAUGUCGCCCGCGUCACUGCCUUCCUGGCUUCCCAGGAUGGCGAGUGGGUCAAUGGCAAGAUCAUCGGUGUCGAUGGUGCUGCUUGCAUGUAAAGGAAAGAAAAAGGGUGUUCGAUUCCAAUUGGAAAAAUCAACUUUUGUGUCAGGGGAAAGAUAGAUAGAUCAAAAGGAUUGGAUGUACCUUGGCAUCUAUUCUAAUAUCUCGGCUUGGAUGCUCGCCCUGGAUCUCCAUCUGACUCGUGACACGUACACGUAGACAUCGACAUACUUUCUCCUCCUUUUCUUUUCUCCCUCUCACAAACGGACCGGGGCUUAGGAACUAGAAGAAUAUGUUUGCUUGUGUUUUUCCAGCCAGGCACGCCCUAUCAACAUGCGGCAUCUCUAGGCUAAAUACGGCUAACGAUGCCACCAAAGCCGAAUCCUCGACGCUCAGAAGGCAGUGACAUCCGCCAGAGUAGUCACCUCGACUAUAUCUGGAGAUAUUUCUCAAUGGCCUCCGCAAACAUGAGGCAUGUCCAAGCGAGGUCAUAAUCGUCAUGCGGUCUAUCCCAGACGCCGAAGAAAGGCACACAUAAACCCGCGUAAGACAUCUUUUCACUUUUGAAUCUGCACAAAACCGGCAGACUGCGACGUCAUCAAGACCCAAUUCAUCGGCCCAGGUCCAAAGGCAAUGAGACCCGGAGCAAAAGCAUCGACGAGCAAGGAAGCAGCUUAAACUUGACCCAUGGAAACCAUCUUCUUCCGCAGGUAGUUCUUGUACUCGCCGAUUGAGCCGUCCCAUCGUCGCACAGUCUUGUUCUCGCAGACCAUGAUGUCCUUUGCGAUCUUGUCAAGCAAUCUGAAACAACACGUUAGUCUCCAUGGAAUCAAAAAAAUCAUAUGAGGUUAGAUAAACUUACCUGAAAUCGUGGGAAACCACAACCACA